AUGCAUAUGCGAUGUACAAUUCCGGAAGAGAUCGGUAACCUUAACAACUUACGAUCUUUAGGGUUGAGAUCUAACAAGUUGACAGGGCCAAUACCUCCAACCAUUUUCGACAUAUCUUCCUUGAAAUAUAUCGAUUUAUCAAUCAACAAUUUAUCGGGAAGUUUUCCGGUCAACUUGUGCAAAUAUAGUCGGGUAUUGCUUUAUCUGCACGACAACAUGUUCGACGGAAAAAUACCAUCCAAAUUGGAAGCUUGUUCUAAACUUCAGGUGUUGUGGCUUUCAUCCAACAGACUUAUUGGACCAUUGCCAACUCAAAUCCGGAAUUUGACAUCGCUUCACACGUUGGACCUUAGCUCCAAUUCUUUAACCGGUAACAUUCCUUGGGAGUCGUUUCGAGCAAAUAUCGGAGUAGUCGAUCUUUCGAACAACAAGCUUUCGGGUAUAAUACAUUCCACCAUCGGAAAUCUAUUAAACGCGUCAUCCGUAAUACUCCAUUCCAACAAAUUAACAGGAGAGAUUCCAUCAUCCAUUUGCAACUUAAAAUCCCUUAAAUAUCUCCAUCUAUCACAUAACAGCUUGGAAGGGCAAAUCCCACAUUGUUUAGGAAAUUUGAGACACUAUCUAAAGAUCGUGAAUUUGUCUCGUAAUAGCUUCACGGGAUACAUACCUUCAUCUCUUGGAAACAUUCCUGCGCUCGAAUCGUUGGACCUGUCUUCGAACCAGUUGGUUGGGGAAAUUCUGUUGCAACUGACAAAGCUGACGUUUCUUACUAAAUUAAACCUUUCAUUCAAUAACCUUGUCGGAAAGAUACCUCAAUCUAGUACCGGCCAGUUUCCUAUGUUCGAUAAUAGCUCGUACAUAGGAAACUCCGAAUUGUGCGAAUUUCCAUUAACGAAAAAGUGCAAAUUACACGACAACGUACAAAAUUUUCUCCCGAUGUUGCCCCAAGAUGACGAAUCGGGUUUUCUCGACGGUUUUAGUUGGGAAGCUAUUCUUUUGGGGUAUGGAUGUGGGGUUGUAAUUGGAAUUGCGAUGGGUUAUUUUAUUUUUCGGUAUCGUGAGAUGCCGAAAUGGUUUGUUAAGAAUGAAUACAGAAAAAGGAAUGUAACACGGCGCAGAGUUUAA